AAUAACAUUCCCGCGUUCAUCCCCUCCCGGAAACUAACAAACAUAAAACCCUACACUGAAAAUCCCCCAAUUCAAUCGAAUCCCUCCGAACCUUAGUCGAGAAGCCUAUUCGAUACCUUAAUUCAAUCAAUAUGCAGCAACCCAAUCAAUCAGAUUCUGAAACCGAAGCUACGGGCUCCGAUAUGACCCCACGGAGAAAAGAGAAUAGGGGUUCCGAGAAUAUGACAGAGUACGAGAAACAGAGAAUGAAAAGAAUUGAAGAGAACAAGGCGAGAAUGAAAGCAAUGGGUUUAGACAAAAUGGCGUCUUCGUUUAUGGGUACGGUUCCUGUUUCUCGAAACGCGAACAAAAAGGGCAAACAGAAGGUGGGUUUGGAAGACGAUGAGGAGUAUAAACCACCUGUUGAGGAUGAGGAAUUCAGCUCUGCAAGUGAAUCAGAUUGUGACGAUUACGAUGAUGAAUUUCACAUGUCUCGAACAAAGCCAAAGGUGAAAAAAUCAACACCUAGCAAGAAAAUUUCAAAGCUUUCAGAAAACUCGGAUUUUGUUGGUGAUGAUGAUGAUGACGCCUUGAUGAAGGCCAUUGCUCUUUCUCUACAAGAUUCACCAAGUUUUUUGGAUGUAAUGAGCAAAACGCCUCCUCAAAAAUCUGAUUCAAAGGUAUCAAAUGUCGAAAAAAAGCAGAUUGUACGUAAAGAUGAUUCUGGAAAUCGGAAGAGGAAAAACUGGUUUGCAAGUCGAGUUCAAAUGACAGAGGAUGAAUUGAUUCUACACUUCUUUCAGUUUGAUGAAGUAGGCAAAGGGGGGAUAAGUCUUAGGGAUUUGAGAAGAGUAGCAGCUUCACAUGAUUUUACAUGGACAGAUGAAGAGAUGGGGGAUAUGAUUCAAUUCUUUGAUAGCAAUGGAGAUGGGAAGCUAAGCCUCGAGGAUUUCACUAAGAUUGUUGAGCGAUGUCACAUGAGACAAGGUUCUGAAAAUACACAAUUGGCAUCAUGAGAAAAUAUGGUGUUAUGAUUUUUUCUUAAAUGAUGUCGUUAUUUAAUUUUAUAAAAUCUUGUGUGUGUGUGUGCAAUGUAACAUUUUAAUUUAGUUGGUGGUUGUUUACCCAUAUUUUUGCAGGGAUAAGUAACAUCUGAUGUAAAAAAAAAGCUAAAUUGAUGUAAUAUUUUUCUCGUUUAGUUGUUGGUUGUUAAAUUAUAAUAUUGG